CAUUUUAAAAUAUAUUCUCAGCAGCAGUACUAAGCUCGUACGUUAUACAAGCCAGAUAACAAAAUUAAUUCGGCAUUGUUGUAAUAUUUACAAAUUUACCACCUGACGUGCAGGUAUAAUUAUAUUUGCGAAAUCAAACGCUUCCAAAGUUCCCGCCUGUUGCUAUCGGCGCUGUGGAAAUGAACGUAGCCAAUGAAAGAUUGGCUAUAGGCCAGUUUUCACCUCUGCUCUACCUUGCGUUGACCGCGGCGAUCUGGCUCUUCUAUGGCGCCUUUCUGCUGGUGACUCGAAGUCGGAUAGAUUUUCGGGGUAGUGGUGGGUCUACACGACGUCAUGGAAGAUUGAUAGGAUCAUCAUCAUCGUCAUUAUUGUCACGGCCAUUACUCGUAUGCUUAACGUUGCAGACAGCUCUGCUUGGAGGCUUCGCGAUGUCAAGGCUACAAGGCAGCGCAGGACCGCAGGAAGCCGACAGUGAACCGAAUGGCAUCGUUAGAGGUGGGUUUUGCCUCCUAGUUAUUUGGCCUAAAGGCUUUUGUUUAAAAUCUAAAUGGACUCGAGAGCCUUACGAACCCUCUUUGGCCAAAAAAAAUAUCUGGACAAUACAUGCCUUGAUAGUCUGCGAAGAUUUUGUCCGGCAUCAAUCAAACACACAAGAAAUAGAAAGAGCUAGUAAAGCGCAACUAGAAGAGAUCUGGCCACAUCGGGGUAGGAAUAAGCCUUUUUUUGAUUUUCUUAAGGAAAAGUGGAAGAAACACGGUCGGCGAUGCUUUGCCCUUAACCCGAAAAUUAACAUGAUGCAGGCAUACUUUGAUAUGACGCUCGCACUGUACCGUCGAUUUGAAUUGUAUAAUACCUUAAAGCAGGCCGGUAUAGAGCCAUCAAAUACACGUUCGUACACAUUACAGGAGUUCAACGAUGCUUUGCCCAACCACGGCAGAUUCGAGAUGAAAUGCUUUAAUCCGCGGCACUCGCGGGCGUCGGUACUAUACGAAAUUCAAAUUUGCCUCGACAGGGAUUAUAAACCAAUAGACUGCCUAUUCGAACGCGGCGCGUCAAAUGAAUGUAGGGAAAAAAUAUUUUAUAUAGGGAGCAUGAACUUUAAGCACAAGAACUACCUUCUAUGACCCUACCAAGAGCGGCCUGCCACGCAGUAGAUCGAAGCGGGAAAGUGGAAUCUGACAGACCACAUAAAUGCCGAGAGCAAACAUUGAUGACAUAAGGUUCGAAUGCUCGCGAGCUGUUCAUCCUACCUAUAGUCAUAGGCUAAAACGAAGCACGUUGAUUGUGGCUAAUACGUGAUUUUACACAAACAUGUUGGUAUAGAUCAGCUGUUACUUGUGCAAAAUAUACUUACUGAAUUUUUUUAAGUUUUCCCAAUGUAUGCAACCUCAGGAAAGCUAGUUCGGUCAUUUUUUGACUAUUUAAUAACUAGCUUGAUAACUGUAUAAUAACGGCCGUGCCAUAAUCACGGAACUUAUGAUUCUCGUUCAUGUACGCCCAAUUUUGAACCUGGUUGUCACUUCGUGUCCCGAUGGGGAGGGCGGUCAGCCGUCUGAAGCAAUGCUUUAAUAACCCAGCCAUCAACCCGGCGCAGAUGUUCCUCACGACAGCGAUCGUAUUGUACAAUAACUUUAAGCUGUGCGACAAGUGAAGGCAACAAAUGUACAACCGUGAGGUAGACGAGCGUACAGCCGUGGCCAGACUAGGCAACAUUCGACCUGCCGUGUCGAUUCUAGUCGGAAUUCGCGUUUACUUCAACAACACAAACUACCCGCCAGUGGAUUAUUGAAUCGAAAUCGUCAAAGUAAGUGACUUCGAAAAGCGAGUGUAUUACUUGUAAGACACUGGCUUCCUAUGCCCGGCAUUCCUUUGAUGGCCUUAUUAAUGAGUGGGCGGUUGUGAAGAGAAAAUCAACGCAGAUUAAUACCUGAGAGUGGAAUCGCAUAAUCUAGCGUCAUAAUAACCGUGUAAUAAGCGUAUUGCAGAAAUACAUCUAAGGAAUCGACGAAUAAAUCCAGCAGCGACCAUAGUCGUGCGAACGCGCUACCUGGUUAUUAAUCCUCUGAGGUGUUUUGAUUGUGAUCCGGUAUGUCCAUGCGGCACCACAUAUGCUUUAACUCAUCGCGACUUAUCCGGCAGGCACUGUGUUGAGUUUUCCUAUUAGUUACAUCUUCUUCGAGCGGGAACAAUGUAAAUCCAACAGCAAACGAUGAAAACAGUUAAUCUGAGUCUUCGUGAUCGUGUAAUGAUGACCUAUUUGUUUACUCGAUUGCUCGAUUUGCUUUUGGUUCGAAACUGGCCGUAAGCACAUCAUGUUACAGGUUGCUUUAUAAAUUAGAAUGCUGCCACCAGAUGCUUGGUGUGCUUAACGAGAAUAUUACGGAAAUAACAUUAUAUGUGA